AUUUGUUGUUCUUAAUUACUACAUUAUUUUUUUUGUUCUAAGACAGACAUAUUGUUUUAUGUUUUUUAGUUAAUUGAUUUUUGUGCAUUGGGUUUGUUUUACAGUUCCAACAAACAUGAGCACGCAAUCAAAAGAUGUUUGGAAGAUGACUCAGCCAGAAAAAGAGCAAGAAUUCAAACGGCGUUAUAACCUUUUUGAUGCCCAUAAAAUCAAACAUUGAUACUGACAUCUGUCGUGAUACGUUUCUGCAGAAAUUGUUCAAGGAAGUGGAUCUGCCCGACUAUGAAAAGUUUCCAUCUGAAUUGAGCUCGGAUUCGACGUCAACACCAGAAAUGAUAUACACGUGGCCAUCGAGAUAUUCGGCUAGCAUGACUCUGAGCGGCAUCUUAAAUCAUCAAUCAACAUCACAAUUCCGAAGUGUCUCAUCGCGACAUCUGCUGCAUCCUCGACCAACACUGUAUGGCUCAUCGCUGUUGUUGAGCAUCGUGUCGGGCAGCACACGUCUCUAUGAGGAGCUGUUGGAAUCGCUGAAGCGAUCCUCGUUAUAUUUCAUGUUCUCGCGGGCCAUCAAUCGGUUUCGCAUCAUGGGAAGAAUCUCAGUGGAUUGGGGUCAAAUUGAUUUGCAUAGUUUGCCAUAUGAUUUAUUUGGCUGGUCAUUGGAUGGAUAUUUCAAGCGUUGCGCUCUCCCCGACUCUGUGUAUUUAGAUGUACUUCAAAUGAAUUAUAGCGAGGAAAUGCUGAAUUGGGUUAAACUUAGUGUUGACAUCAAUGAGAUUGUACGCUACUAUAAGUUCUUCUACACACAAAUAUUUCUCGACCGGGGCUAUCAGAGAAUGAUGUCUGCCAUUUGGGAUCAACAACAAUUGAUCAAUUUUGGAAUAGAAUUAGACAAAACACUGACGUCGACAAAGAAGGCAUUCGAGAGUGUCAUCGAAAAUUCGCGUAAAAUCUCUAAUGCCUGGUGGGAUCGGCACAGGGCAAAAGUGAUCAAGGAUUGCAAGAAGCGACACACAGAAAUUCAAUUGCGAAUACCUAUUGAAUGGCGUUAUGUGAGAGACUAUUUUGCUGCCCUGACGAAGAUGCAGAUCCAAAAGGACCGCCAGCCAAUUGAGGCGCUUCUCAAGCAGCGCAAAGAUCUCGAAGAGGAAAUGCAAAACAAUCAAAAUACAACAACACAAGUAGCGUUUGUUUAUGCAAUGAUCAUCGAGAAUUAUGGGGCUCGUUUAAACAUUUUCAAUACUAAGCUCGCCAAUGAUUCCGCUGAGUGGGACAACCAGAAUGUUAUUAUGCGCAUUCAAGUAAAUAAAGUUAAGGACGAGCAAAGGAUGAGGGAAGAGCAAAUUGAGUUUAUGCAAAGACGUGUCAAAGAAGUUCAGGAACUGCUUAGUGCUCAAAGAGAGACAUUACUUGACACUCUUAUUGUGCCAAAGGUUGAGAAUCCAAAGCGACGUGCGAAGAAAGUUCAAGGUAAUCGAAGACUUCAAAGCUUCAAAAGGAGAGGUUUAAAGUCAACAAGCAUUAGAUCAUCGUCUAACUAAUGUAAAUUUGAUUAUAAACAUCUUUAUGGAGCUUUAAAGUUCAGCAGUAAUUUUGACUAAGCAAUUUUAAUACUGAUUAUAUUUUCUAUUAAUUGUCUGUUGCGGCCACUGCGUUAAUGAAGUUUUCUGAAUAUUAA